AUGGCCUCACAGGUGAAGCUAGCUUUGAAUGAGAGGGAGAUGAAGCAACUAUUCCUCAAGACAUUGCCCCCUGAAUACUUCCAAGGAUUAGUAUUUUCGGGAUGCCAAACCUUUUCACAGCUGGUAGAUGUAGGUGAAGGAGUCGAGUGGGCAUUCAUCGAAGGGAAGAUAUCCAUCGGAGGUGCGAAGAAGUUCCAAGCGAGAAAAGAUAAGGAAGCUGCAGUUGAGGUAGCGCUCGUGCAAGAGUCAUUUUACCCUAGGCCGCCCACAGCACCUACGCACAAGCCUAUGGCCGUUCAAGAGAGCUCGUCACGAGCAUAUGACAAGGGCAAGAGGCCCUUUCGAAAGGAAUUUUCCCCACUGCUACAACCGUUGUCAAAACUGUUGCCCAUGCUUCUCGAAAAGAGGAUGGUUGCGAAGGAAGUACCUAGAGACAAUCUCACGAGGUUCGCCGGGUUUGAUGUGACCAAGACCUGCGAGUACCACAUGGGAGAAAGGGGGCAUGAUGUAGAUAGUUGCAAUGUACUGAGGUACAAAGUCCAACAGUUACUGGACAAAAACAUUUUGACGUUCAAGGAAGCUCAGCUUAAUGUGCAGCAGAACCCCCUACCGGACCAUGCAGAGGGAGUGAACUCAAUCUCCGAGGAGAUGCAGGCGAGUCAACAGCCUCUAGUUGUGAAUGCUUCCAAGUUAUACGAGUCCUUAGUGCUGGCAGGAUACUAUGGAGGUCAUCAGGAUGUGACCCCAGAAGAGAAACUGAACUGCAUUUGCAAGAUGGUAGCCAUGGGGGUAAUUCGACGCGGAGAAGAGGAAGAGGAUGUCGUAUCCAUGAUAAUGCCGUCGUCAUUCCGCUCAUCUUUUUGCAAUAUUGCUCGUAUAUCUCGAGCGAAGAAGAUUAUGCCUAGAAUUUCGAAGACCCCGGCUUUAUACGAGGAAUGGGUAAUAGCUAUGAUAACCUCGAUGGUGAUUGAACUAUCGGAUGAGGAGACCGCCGGCAAUAUCGAGAUGGAAAUCGCUGAACCCACAGUGAUCGACCUUAUGGUCGAGGAAAUGUCGGCAAUCAAAAUCACGAGAGGGAACGUAACGCCGGUCACAAUUGAAUUGCCAUCCCAGGAGGAAGAUGGAGUAAUAGUGUUGGAGAGUCCUCCUAAAUUCGAUCCCAAAGCUGUACCUUGGGAUUAUCAAACAAAUGAGGUAGACGCUGUCACGCGAUCGGGCCGCUGUUACGCACCUGAUAAAGGAAUAGAAAAGAAGGUCGUGACUGAGGAGGAGGUGAAGCAAUUCUUGGCCGUAGUAAAAUCUAGCGAGUUCAAUGUGGUGGAUCAACUGCGGAAGUUGUCGGCCCAAAUCUCCCUCCUGGAGUUGUUUAAAUCCUCCGAGAAGCACAGGGACAUCUUACUGAAGGUCCUCAAUAAGGUACACGUACCCGAAACAAUUGAUGAAGUCCAAUUGGAAGAGUUUGUUGGGGCCGUUCUACUGAAAGACCAGAUUUCCUUUACGGAUGAGGAUCUCCCUCCCGAUGGUCCUAAUCAUACCAAAGCACUACACAUCUCGGUGAAGCAUGAGAGCACUCUUGUUUGCAUAGUGUUGAUUGAUAACGGUUCGACGCUCAAUAUAUGCCCGUUGGCUACCCUCCAUCGUCUAGGCAUUGAUCUUAGGAGAAUCCGUACUGGCAAGUCAACUGUGCCGGCCUUUGACGGGAUGAAGAAGGAUGUGAUAUGGGAAAUUGAGCUUGAGUUGUUGAUUGGCCCCAUACUCUUCCAAGUCGUGUUCCAGGUGUUAGAUAUACCAAUCGCUUUUAAUUUUCUGCUAGGGAGGCCAUGGAUUCACAUGGCAGGCGAUGUUGCCUCCAGCCUCCAUCAGAAGGUACGAUUUGUGGUGGAUAACAGGCUUAUCACGGUCCAUGGAGAAUCUGACUUCAAGAUCUACCACAAGACAACCAUCCCAUAUGUGGAACUUGAGGGUACCGAGGAAUCCAACUUUCAAACCUUCGAGCUGGUAUCCAUGGUCCACGUGCCUGCAGGGUCUUUCACAAAGGUUCCUGAAUUGUCUAAGCCGGCCAUAGCUGCAGGAAAGAUUAUUCUAGCGAGCGGAUAUAAUCCUGGAGAGGGCCUUGGAUCACACGGUCAAGGUGUGCAAAAACUCAUUGAAGCUCAUAAAAACUUCAAAAGAAGAGGCUUGGGAUAUGUCGAGAAGUGGGGAGGCCAUAACAACCGAGGAGGCCGUGGAAGGCAUGGAGGCUGGGGUGCCCGAGGAGGCUGGGACGGGUACAGAGACCAGAGUGAACGCGUUGCCCAGACUGAAGAGGACAAGGGCUAUCAAAGCCUGUUUUCCCCAUUGCUGGAAGAGACGUUUCCAGGACCCCCAAGGAUGUUGUUCGAGGAAGAGGAGGAUAUCUAUGGUGUGACUGAGCUAUUCGAGGAAUGCGUCAUAUGCACCAUCAUGGCGUGCGAGGAGGUCAAGUCCUCUGAAGUCGUGGCUGUCCCUCCAGAGUAG